AUGAUGGACGCCGCUUCUUGGAACCCCCAAGACCCGGCCUUGGCACCUAGCCACGAUGAAGAAUUUCAACAAUUCUUGGAUAUGGGUGGCAUGGGAAACUUGGGCGAUUCAAUGACGUUUGAUUUCAACGACUACCAGAGCGGAAAUGGCUCCGCCAUGAUGCACCAGCACGGGCGCGAGCAGCUUGAUACUCAGAUGGGAGGAACUGAUGCAUCCAUAGUCAUGGGAAACACCAGCUCUGCCAUGCAAGCGCAGCUCAUUAAUAUGACAACUGCGACCGCACACCCCGCCAUUACUACCCAAAUGAUUCCACCGCCGACGCCUACAGAUGCCAUCACUGAGAUCGACGCCCAGAUCCAAUAUCUGCAGCAGCAGCGUGUUCAGCAACAGCAUCGACAGAUCCAGGAACAGCAUGUUGUCUACUACACAAAUCAACCGCAUGCUGUUCCUCCCACCCCUCAAAGUCUCGAGAUGCCCCCUGCCAGCAACCAAUUUUAUUCCGACCAGCGACAAACACCCAUGUUUGACGGCAGGUACCAACGCAUGAAAGAACAGCAAGACAUGGCCUUUACUCCGCUAGUUUCUCCUGCAGUGACCCCUUUAGAUCCUCACUUCCAAAUGGAAGCUGGCGGCUUCACAAUCCCAGGCGCAUACUUCAGCCCUCUCACUUCCCCUGCUCUCCAUGCGCAAAGUGACCAUGGGCUUUUGUAUGACCGACGUUCAUCACUUUCUGCUCACAACUCUCCGGCUGAAAUGGAUGUUGAGAUAACGGCAACGAACGCACAGCCUUCCGCUAUUGAGUUGUCAAAGAAGGCUCGAAAGACCAACGCCUCAAGAGCCAAGGCGAAGUCUGGUGUCCGCCAGUCACCUAUUUCGAAGCCCCAGCGGAAAAAGGCGGGCCCAACGCCAAAGAUGGUUUCGCAGGCUCUGACCGAAAUGCAAGAAGUGAACGAGGAUGGACUGGAUCAGAUGCUACCUUCGACUGCCCUGCCCGCUCCUAUGAGUAGCGAAGAGUCUGAAAACGCUUCAGUAUCACCCGAGAAUCUGUCGGACAUGCCGCCGCCGCCCCUUCCUCAGCCAAAGCAGUCCAGCAAAUCUCCAUUUAUACAGCCCCAACCUCAGCCCCAGCCGCACCCUGCGAUACCGGCUCACAUUCAGGGAAAGCCUUCACCUGCUACGCCUGCUUCUCUCAUGAAGCUGCCCUCAACCAGUGCGAAUAAUUCAACGUCGUCGAACCCGCUGGACCUUGGUCCUUCGGAACAUAUUGAAUCGUUUGAGCUUCCCGAGUCUGUCAACUUCAAUUCUAGGCCCCAGCCUCCGCGAUUGGACACGGCGACACCCACUCAGUCGCCGCCAGACACUGGCUCCCGGAGACCUUCAUUUCAGCCACUACCUUCACCUGUUUUUGCAAAACCGUCUGCUGCCGCUUCUGCUAGUGCGAGUCCCAACCUCGCACCUGGCUCCACAGGUCCAUCGGCUAGGAGAACACCGCAGCUGUUGGCCAGGGGGAGCAAAAGUAAGCGAGGAAGCGUCAGCUCUGUGCAGGUUUCGCCUGCCUUGCGUCCUAGGAUAUCUCCCAGUAUCAAGCCACUGCUGCCUGGGACGCCGGGCGGCCUAUCGGCAGAGGACACGGCAUCCCGUCUACUGGCCUCCAAGUCCAAUUAUCAGAACAUCCUCGAAGGCAACACUGUGCCUGGGGUUACUUAUCCCAGCGAGUUGUCAACCAACCUUACGUCAAAACGCACAUCUCACAAGAUCGCGGAGCAGGGUCGACGAAACCGCAUCAACUCGGCUUUACAAGAAAUUGCAACCCUACUUCCCCAGCCGCCAAAUGAAUCCAAGAAUAGUGGCGACAGCGACAAUGCCGACAAGAAGGACGCCAAAGCAGGAGGUGCACCAAACAGCAAGGCCAGCACUGUUGAGCUAGCAAUCGAGUACAUCAAGCAGCUCAAACAGGAAGUCGCCGAGGCCAACAAGCGUGCUGAGGAGGCAGAGAAGAAGUUGGGUCUCAUAGAGAAGCCGGAAGUAGACGAAGCGCCAGGACAAAAAGAAAUCUCGACGGAUUAA